AUGUCGCACAAAUCCGAGGCAGUGUCUGCGUGUCGUGCGCAGUUGGAGGCGCAGCUGGACAGGGUGCGCGCGCUGAACGCAUCGCAGGCGCCGGCCGACCAAGUGGCGCCGGCGCUGGGGGAGCUGCAGCACCUGGGGCAGCGCCUGAGCGAGCUGAGCCUCGCGAGCAAGAAGGGGAAGAUCACCCUCAAAACGCCCAAGGGCACGCGCGACUGGGAGCCGCUGUCGAUGGCGCUGCGCAAGCACGUGUUCUCCACGAUCGAGCGUGUGUUCACGACGCACGGCGCCGUGACGAUUGACACGCCCGUGUUUGAGCUGAAGGAGAUCCUCGCGGGCAAGUACGGCGAGGACAGCAAGCUCAUCUAUGACCUGCAGGACCAGGGUGGCGAGCUGUGUAGUCUGCGGUACGACCUGACAGUGCCGUUCGCGCGCUUCGUCGCGAUGAACCCGACCGAGUACGGCAACAUCAAGCGCUACCACAUCGCCAAGGUGUACCGCCGCGACCAGCCGGCCAUGACCAAGGGCCGCUUCCGCGAGUUCUACCAGUGCGAUUUUGACAUUGCCGGCACGUACGACGCCAUGGUCCCCGAUGCCGAGUGUCUCUGUGUGCUGGUGGAGACGCUCGAUGCGCUGGAGAUCGAGGGCUUUACCAUCAAACUGAACCACCGCAAGCUGCUCGACGCCAUCUUUGCCAUCUGCGGUGUGCCGGAAGACAAGAUUCGCACUAUCUCGAGUGCUGUCGACAAGCUCGACAAGUCGCCGUGGGCCGACGUGAAGCACGAGAUGGUCGCAGAGAAGGGCCUCGACGAGGCGGCGGCCGACCGCAUCGGCACCUACGUGCAGCGCCGCGGCGGGCGCGAGCUUCUCGCCGAGCUCAAAGCAGACGCGGCGCUCACGCAGAACGCGCGUGCCGUGGAAGGCCUCGAGGACAUGGAGCUCCUGUUCCAGUACCUCGAGGUAUACGGCGUGCUCGACCGCGUCUCGUUCGACCUGAGCCUCGCACGUGGCCUCGACUACUACACGGGCGUGAUCUACGAGGCAGUGACGGCUGCCUCAGCGCCGCCGAAGCCCGUCGAGGGCGCGCCGAAGAAGAAGCUGGCCGAGGGCGAGGUCGACGAGAGCACCGUCGGUGUUGGCUCGAUUGCUGCCGGCGGCCGCUACGACCACCUCGUCGGGAUGUUCAGCGGCUCGAAGCGCCCCGACGCCGUGCCGUGUGUCGGCGUGUCCAUUGGUGUCGAGCGCGUCUUCUCCAUCCUCAUGCAGCGGAUCCGCGACGCGCAAGCGCGCGGUGAGCGCACGGCCGUGCGUCAAAAGGAGGUGGAUGUCUACGUAAUGAGUAUGGGUGAUGGCCUCCUGCUGGAGCGCAUGCAGGUGUGCAAGCAGCUGUGGGACGCCGGCAUCAAGGCCGAGUUCCUGUACAAGAAAAAGCCCAAGCUGCAGGCGCAGUUUGCCGUCGUCGACAAGGAGCAGAUCCCCCUCGCCGUGCUGCUGGCCCCCGGUGAGUGGGCGCAGGGCACCGUGCGUGUCAAGGAGCAGCUCGGCAAGGACGAAGCUGGCGACAACAAGGGCACCGAGGUGCCGCUCGCUGAGCUGGCCGACUUCGUGCGUGCCAAGCUCGCGCAGGCUUAA